GAUCCACAGAAAUGACAGUUGACAUGAACCAGGAAACAGCAAGCUACCCUGUGGGCAGCCAGCAGAGGGUCAUUGCUGGUGCCGCACUGCUGGUUGUUAGCUUCGCCUUCAUCAAGAUCCUCCUGCAGUCUGGAGGAUCAAGAGGCAAGCGGCGGCGGCUGCCGCCGACCGUCCGGGCGCCGCCGCUGGUGGGCGGGCUGAUCCGGUUCGCUCGUGACCCCAUCCCAAUGAUCCAGGAGGAAUAUGCGCGCCUUGGUAGCGUGUUCACUGUUGGCAUCCUCAGCAGGAAGAUCACUUUCUUGAUCGGCCCUGAGGUGUCAUCACACUUCUUCAAUGGCGUUGACUCUGAGAUGAGCCAGAAUGAGGUGUACCAAUUCACUGUAUCGUCGUUUGGCCCUGGGGUUCUGUACGACGUGGACUACGCCACGAGGCAGGAGCAGUUCAGGUUCUUCGGCGACGCGAUGCAUGUUAGCAAGCUCCGAGGCUAUGUCCCUCUGCUGGUUCAGGAAGCUGAGGCGUACUUCUCAAAGUGGGGAGAAAGUGGCACUGUGGAUUUGAAGUCUGAGAUGGAGCGCGUCGUCUUAGUGACGGCUAGCCGAUGCUUGCUGGGAAGGGAGGUGCGUGAAAAGCUCUUCGAUGAUGUCUGUGCUCUCCUGCGAGACGUUUGCGUUGGGAUACAGCCACUGAGCUUCCUCUUCCCCUACCUCCCAACCCCUGCUCAUCGUCGGCGUGACCGGGCACGGGCACGUUUGGGAGAAAUCUUCUCGGCCAUCAUCAAGUCCCGCAAGGCCUCUGGGCAUCAUUCCGAGGAGGAUGACAUGCUGCAGUGCCUGAUUGACUCCAAGUACAAGAACGGACGCCCCACCACAGAAGGAGAGGUAACCGGGCUACUGAUCGCGGUCCUCUUUGGUGGACACCAAACCACCUGCAUCACCGCGACCUGGACCGGGGCAUACCUCCUCCGUUUCAAGCACCACUUCGCGGCGGCCGUCGAAGAGCAGACUGAGGUCAUGAAGCGCCGCGGCGACAAGAUCGACUACGACGCCAUGGCGGAGAUGGUCCUUCUCCACCGGUGCAUCAAGGAGACUCUCCGGCUUCACCCGCCGCUAACCAUGUUGCUUCGGCAGUCGCACCGUGACUUCACGGUCACCACCAAGGAAGGCCAAGAGUUUGACGUCCCGAGGAGCCACAUGGUCGUGACAUCGCCAGCCAUUGCUAACAGGCUCCCCGACGUUUACAAGGACCAUGAGUCGUACGACCCUGGCCGCUUCGCCCCCGGGAGGGAGGAGGACAAGGCUGGAGGCGCCUUCUCAUACUUGUCAUUUGGUGGUGGCAGGCAUGGAUGCCUCGGCCAGUCCUUCGCCUACCUAGAUAUCAAGACGAUAUGGGCGCACCUGCUGAGGAACUUUGAUCUUGAACUGGUCUCUCCGUUCCCGGAGAAGGACCGGAACACGGCGUUCGUCGGAAUCAAGGGCGAGGUGAUGGUGAAGUACAAGCGCCGCAAGCUCACCGUCGACGUCGACGUCGACGGCUGAUCGAGGAGGUUUGCUCUGAUCUUCUUCACUGUUAAUUAAUUUGUCAACACUUGUUUGGUGUGUGUUGUGCACUUGUGGUGCGCUAGCCGUGCUUGCGUUUCCUGUGCGUGUGUAUUGUUAUGUAUGAUGGUGUUCACCGUUCUGUUAGAUAAAGCUGAACUGAUGGUUGAAUGUAAUGAAUAAACUGUAAUUGUUAUGCGUCCAUGAAAUAUACAGAACACGAAGUGUUAGUUCUUCAGCCACCUGCUGGUA